UCAGGCAAAUCAGGGCAGAAGAAUGAAAAUGCUUCGGUUUCGUAGUCCAAGCCUCCGCUCUCUGGAUCAAGAGAUCCAGGUCACGAUUCGGUUACUGGACGACUCUGAGAUCUCGUGCAGCAUCCAGAGAGAAACCAAGGGCCAGUUCCUGGUGGAUCAUGUGUGUAACCAUUACAGCCUCCUGGAGAAGGACUACUUUGGCAUCAGAUAUGUCGACCCAGAGAAGCAGAGGCACUGGCUGGAGCCCAAUAAACCCAUAGUGAAGCAGAUGAAGUCUCAGCAGCCCUACACAAUGUGCUUCCGGGUCAAAUUCUACCCUCACGAGCCAAUGAAGAUCAAAGAGGAGCUCACCAGGUAUCUACUCUAUCUGCAGCUGAAGAGGGACGUCUACCACGGUCGUCUCUUGUGCCCCUUCGCUGACGCAGCCUACCUGGGGGCCUGUAUUGUACAGGCUGAACUAGGGGACUAUGACCAAGACGAACACCCGCCAGACUACAUCCAAGACUUCAAACUGUUCCCCAAGCAGUCGCUUAAACUGGAGAGGAAGAUCAUCGAUAUUCACAAGAACGAGCUGAGGGGGCAGUGUUCUGCUGUGGCCGAGCUUCAUCUCCUCCAGAGGGCACACAACCUGGAGACAUACGGAGUGGACCCUCACCCCUGCAAAGACUUCACAGGAUCCACAGCCUUCCUGGGAUUUACAGCCACUGGGUUUGUGGUGUUCCAGGGAAACAAGAGAAUCCACCUGCUCAAAUGGGCUGAUGUCAACAAACUGAAGUUUGAGGGGAAAACAUUCUAUGUCAUUGGAAUUCAGAAAGAGAAGAAACUGGUGCUGACGUUCCACACCUCUACCCCAGCGGCGUGUAAACAUUUGUGGAAGUGUGGGGUGGAGAACCAAGCAUUUUACAAAUGUGCAAAGUCAAGCCAGAUCAAGACUGUGUCCAGCAGUAAUAUUUUCUUCAAGGGAAGCAGGUUUCGGUACAGUGGAAGAGUUGCGAAAGAAGUCAUCGAAGCCAGCUCCAAGAUCCAGAGAGAUCCACCGGAGGUGCAUAGGUUACACUUUGGGCAGAGCAGAAGCUUCAACUCACUGAGCCACAAAAACCUGAUCAUAAACAUGGAGCCUCUUGUCCCAGCACUGCCCUCCACCAAUGAGAAUGAGGCAGAUAUUGGGUUGGGAGUCGGGGACCCUCUGGGGUUGUUGGAGUCUGUUCUGUCUGUUCUGUGUUCUAGUGCCCCUACCAGGGCUGGGGGGGAGGCAGAGGGGCAGGAAGAGGAGGAGGAGGAAGAGGAGACGAGUGGAGUCCUUACCAUCUCUGAGUUGGUGUACAACCCCUGUGCCAGCAUGCUGCCCACGCCGGUGGACGACGGCCAGGGAGGGGUUGACCUGCUGUUCCAGAGCCCCAUCCAGAGCCCUGCUCGCCUGCUGAGAGAGCUACAUGCUGACCCUGACAUCCAGGCUCAGCUGGUGGCCGAGAGGGUGCGUGACCGUGCCUUCGAGCGUGCACGUGUGGUGGGGAGGAGCAUGCUAGGUAGCGGGCUUCGCCUCCUGUCGAGGAAUGAGCGGGUGAACACGUGCGUGCUGAGCGCGGUCCGCCUCAUCGCCAUGGUGAUAGGGGUGCUGCUGGUUGCCGUACCGAUGCUGCUGCUGCUGCUGGAGUCGGACAUAGACGUGUCGUUUUUGCACGAGAUCAGGCAGACACCUGAGUUUGAGCAGUUCCACUACGAGUACUACUGCCCGCUGCGCCGCUGGAUCCUCUGUAAGAUCAGCAUGGUCAUGGAGAGGCUGGGAUGGGACUGAAGAGGAGAGGAGACACGAGAGUGGAAAGAGAAAUGGAGGAGGAGGAAAGUUGAGGGAGGGUUGCUUUCACUCUGUACCAUGUUUCUGUCUGCUCGCUCCUGAUGCUGACACGCUGAUGGGUAUUGGUUGUGAUUGGAGAGUGAUUUUCUAGUAGGUACGAGACAAAUAUGUCUCUGGAGCUUAUUUGAUUGACUCUCCUCUUCAUAACAGAGUCAGUGAUUGAUCCCAGACACUGUCAGUAAUGGCGGAGUGGGCGGGACAGAGAUAGAACAUAGAUCUGAGAGUAACCCUAUAUCACUGGCAACAUAACAGCCACAGCCUACAGAUAGAUACACUACAUGACCAAAAGUAUGUGGACACCUGCUUGUCAAACAUUUCAUUCCAAAAUCAUGGGCAUUAAUAUGGAGUUGGUCCCCCCUUUGCUGCUAUAACAGCCUCCACUCUUCUGGGAAAGCGUUCCACUAGAUGUUGGAACAUUGCUGUGGGGACUUGCUUCCAUUCAGCCACAAAAGCAUUAGUGAGGUUGGGCACUGAUGUUGGGCAAUUAAGCCUGGCUCACAGUCGGCGUUCCAAUUCAUCCCAAAGGUGUUAGAUGGGGUUGAGGUCAGGGCUCUGUGCAGGCCAGUCAAGUUCUUCCCCACCGAUCUCGACAAACCAUUUCUGUAUAGACUUCACUUCGUGCAUGGGGGCAUUGUCAGGCUGAAACAGGAAAGGGCCUUCCCAAAACUGUUGCCACAAAGUUGGAAGCACAGAAUCUUCUAGAAUGUCAUUGUAUGCUGUAGCAUUAAGAUUUCCUUUCACUUGAACUAAGGGGCCUAGUCCUACCUAUAAACAACUUCCCCAGACCAUUAUUCUUCCUCCACCAAACUUUAGAGUUGGCACUAUGCAUUCGGGCAGGUAGCGUUCUCCUGGGAUCCGCCAAACCCAGAUUCGUCCGUCAGACUGCCAGAUGGUGAAGAGUGAUUCAACACUCCAGAGCUUUACACCACUUCAGCCGACGCUUGGCACUGUGCAUGGGGAUCUUAGGCUUGUCUGUGGAUGGAAACCCAUUUCAUAAAGCUCCCGACAAACAGUUCUUGUGCUGACGUUGCUUCCAGAGGCAGUUUGGAACUUGGUAGUGAGCAGUCAGCGGACCCGUUCUGUGAGCUCGUGUGGCCUACCACUUGGCGGCUGAGCCAUUGUUGCUCCUAGACGUUUCCACUUCAUAGUAGCAGCACUUACAGUUGACUGGGAAAGCUCUAGCAGGGCAGAAAUUUGAAGAAAUUACUUGUUGGAAAGGUGGCAUUGAAGGUCACUGAGCUCUUCAGUAAGGCCAUUCUACUACCAAUGUUUGUCAAUGGACAUUGCAUGGUUUUGUGCUCGAUUGUAUACACCUGACAGCAACGGGUGUGGCUGAAAUAGCCCAAUCCACAAAUUUGAAGGGGUGUCCACAUACUUUUGUAUAUAUAGUGUAUAUAUGUAUAUUUACAAAAAAAUGAAUAUUGAUCUAAAUAAAUCUUUAAAGUUCUUUUUAAUGUUUUGUAAAAAAUAAAUGUGAUGCAAAGUAUUUCAGGAAUUUUUCAGUCAGAGGAUCUACUUACAAGUUUAUUGAAGCUAUGGGUUGGGGGUCAAAGUCAACUAUUUUUAAAGACUACUGUCAUUCGACUUGACUGGUAGCACCAUGGGUUUUACUACAAAGAUAUAGCACAAUCUUUUACAACACAGAUGAACUGUUUCAGAUUCUCUGAUGUCAUUGGAGUCAGGUGGCACAGGUUUGGUUAACUGUCUGUUUGUGUUGAACUAAAUGUGAUAUUAUUGAAGGUUUCAGUCAGUCACCUGGCAAGUAGAUUUGAGAGUUUUAACAUAAAUAUGUGAUGUUGGCAACAGUAGAAUACAGUGCCUCUCGGAAAGUAUUCAGACCCCUUGACUUCCACAUUUUGUUAGGUAACAGCCUUAUUCUAAAAUUGAUUAAA